AUGAAGGCCGCCGUCGUCGCUUCCGCUCUCGCCCAGGGUGCUCUCGCCCUCGCCCCCGGCUAUGGCAACGGUAACAACUUCGGUCCCGAUCGCAACAUGACCGGCUGGGGUGGUUUCGGUGGAGGUUUCCCCGGUGGCUUCGGAGGCUUCGGCCACGGUCCCGCGAAGUGCGCUGCUUCUUGCUUCUCAUCCCACUGGGCCACUGCCACCCCUACCCCCGCCGCCUUCUGCUCCGACGCCCCUGCGCUGAAGUCCUGCGUCAGCUCCGCCUGCGCCACCGAGACCGCCGCCCUCUCCAAGUGGUCCUCCGUCUCCUCCUCCGCCUGCAAGGCCUUCACCGACUGUGCGACCAAGAGCACCUUCACCUACAGCGGCGGCUGGUGGGCCACCAAGACCGACGACGCCGUCACCAUGACCGGAUGCCCCGUCGACGGCUUCUGGGGUCCCGGCGGUGCCUGGGGUGGUAUGGGUCCCGGCUGGGCUUACAAGACCGAGACCGACAUCGUCACCAGGACCAUCUCCCAGGACGGUCGUGUCAUCACCACCGUCGGCCCCCAGACCGUCGCCCAGGCCGUCUCCGGCAGCAGCACGCUCCGCACGACCUUCGCCGGCGCCUUCGCCGCCCAGGAGACCGGCACCACCACCAACGCCGCUGCUGGUGUCGACCGCAGUGUCAAGGUCGCCGGUGUCUGCCUCGGUGCUGCCGUCGCUGUUGUCGGUCUGAUGUAA